AGAGGGGAGGAGGAGGGGCCAGGGUGCAAGCCGAGCUAGCAGCCUGGGCUGACCCCUCCCCCCACUCUGCAGUCUUUAACAAUCUGGGGCUAAGCCCUUUCUGCUGAGUCAAGGUCCGGGACAGCGUGGUGCUGAGUCACGGUUCCGGGCAGCCCGUUGCUGCUGCUGAGUCACGGUCCCGAGGUCCAACCCUGAGGAUUUACAGCACAGAGUGGACAGAGUCCCUGCGCACCUGCCUUCUGCCCUCCCUGAGGAAGGUGGCCCUCUCCAGAACAUCUAUAGAAGCACUCGCUGGGUGGCAGAGGUCAUAGCCACUUGUCCUGUCUACACCUUCUGCAGGCAGAAGAUAUGCCACCUGCUCUCCAGGGAAUGUGGAGUCCUCCUGCUACAGUGAAUUCACAUCCUAUCUUGAGCCUCUGUCAUGGCCUGUAAAGUGGAGUUCUCAAGAGAGGGAAAUGAGUUGUCUGCGUGCAGUAGGUCUGCAGUUCCUGCAGCUGCUCUUCUGGUGUUACUGCUCACAGUGGCACAAGUGGUGGCACAGGUUCUCGGGCACAUGCAGAUCCUGCAGCAGUGCUUGCCAGGGUCAUAUGACUUAUCCCCUUGCAGACCAGGCCAAACCGCCCCUGGGCACGGUAUUGCAACAGGAGCUCAGCUGGGCGGCUGCCACGUGACCCGCUUACUUAAAAGGCUGGUCCCGGCAGCUGCUCUCAGCCCUGUUUCCUCCAGAGUUUCCUCAGACAGCCAUUGAGUGGAGCCCGCCGGAUCCGAGCCAUCUGAAAAGCACAGCCGGGAGCCUAAAGCAGACGGAACCAGCCUGAGGCAGCCCAGCCCGGUGAUGGAGCGCCCACAGCCCGACAGCAUGCCCAAGGAUCUGUCUGAGGCCUUGAAGGAGGCCACCAAGGAGGUGCACACCCAGGCAGAGAAUGCUCAGUUCAUGAGGAACUUUCAGAAGGGCCAGGUGACCAGGGAAGGCUUUAAGCUGGUGAUGGCCUCCUUGUACCACAUCUAUGCGGCCCUGGAGGAGGAGAUAGAAUGGAAUAAGCAGAACCCAGUCUACGCCCCGCUUUACUUCCCUGAGGAGCUGCACCGACGAACUGCCCUCGAGCAGGACAUGGCCUUUUGGUAUGGUCCCCACUGGCAGGGAACCAUCCCUUACACACCAGCCACACAGCACUAUGUGAGGCACCUCCACGAGGUGGGGCGCACUCAUCCUGAACUGCUGGUGGCCCACACGUACACCCGUUACCUGGGUGACCUCUCAGGGGGCCAGGUCCUGAAGAAGAUUGCACAGAAGGCCCUGGACCUGCCCAGCUCUGGUGAAGGCCUGGCUUUUUUCACCUUCCCCAACAUUGACAGCCCUACCAAGUUCAAACAGCUCUACCGUGCUCGCAUGAAUACUCUGGAGAUGACACCUGAGGUCAAGCACAGGGUGACAGAGGAGGCUAAGACCGCAUUCCUGCUCAACAUCGAGCUGUUUGAGGAACUCCAAGUACUGCUGACACAGGACCACAAGGAUCAGAGCCCCUCACAGAUGGAGUGGCUUCGCCAGCGGCCUGGGAGCCUGGUGCAAGACUCUACCCCUGCAGAGACACCCAGAGGGAAGCCUCAGAUCAGCACUAGCUCAUCCCAGGCACCACUCCUCCGAUGGGUCCUCACUCUUAGUUUUCUGAUGGCAACAGUGGCAGUGGGAAUUUAUGCCAUGUAAAUUGCAAAUAUGCUGAGAACUCUGUCCAUGAAGGGCCUUCUCUCUGUAGGGGAGAAUCUUGCCUGGCUCUCUUCUCUGGGGCCUCUAAGAAGCUUUUGGGGCUCCUAGCCCCCACCAUGUGUCCUCUUUCUCUCUGCAAUGGAGGGAGAUGCUUGACACAUUUUUCCCUCACCAAAAUCACAGCAGCCCCAGUUCCUGCAGAAGAGCCAGAAAGCUGUGGCCUGAAGCGGCAGCCAUUCUGAGCCCGGUGUCCUUGGUUAUCGGCACCCAUGUUAACUGGCCAUGACUGCUUUUCUCUGGUGUUAUGGCCACCUUGAUAUCAGUGUGUAGAGAUGUUCUGUCUUGUGUUUCUGUCUUAUUACUUCCCCAGUUCCACCUGAACGGUGGUAUUUUGUUGUGUUUUUUUGUUUGUUUGUUUUUUGUUUUUUUUUCUAACAAAGUUGGGCUGUCUUUUGAGGGAUGGGUGGGGAAGAGGUAUUUAAUAGUUGUAACCCUGGUCUCCAACUUCUGUGUGAAAUAAUAAAUGACAUCUAACAGUCACUGAA